GGGGGGGGUGUCUGGAGUUGGAGACGGCUGCUGCUCAGAGGACUUCCGUACAAACAAUUUCGGUACCCAGCCUGUUGCUUCUAGAGAGGUUCGAUUGUAAAUGAACUGCAAAAAAAAGAAAUUAACGAAAUUAUCCAAGAUGAAAGAGAUUGACGAAAGUCGACUGAGACUAAUAGGGUCAGGAAGUGACGUAACGAUACCAGUGAUGAAUAAAUGGUUGUGGUGAUACAGGUUGUAUUAAUACGUGUUGUAUUAAUGCAUAGUCAAGUUAACGAGACACGCUAUUUAUAACGCUUUAAUAUAUUUAUGUACGAAAAGACGAAGAAAAAGAAUGGCGAGCGACUCGAGGGAGUGUGGAUUAAAUUUUUGGAGAUAAAAAAUACAGAAAGAACCGUUGAAAACAUUCACAAGAGCUCGCACGAGACUCGAGCAAUUCUUAUAAUUAUAUAUUUUUCUUUCUUCUUGCGGAGCAUUUUUAAUGUUGCAGUAUUUUGAUAAAACUGUGUGAUACUCUUGAUAUGUAUAUCGAUGCGAAGGACGUUAGCGUUAAUUAUAAUUUUUACGUAAGGGACGCGACGAUGGAAACUUAUUGAUUUCAAUGAUACAUUUCAAUCUCAGUUCCAGGUUAAAUCCAAAAAAAAAAUGUAUACGACUAGAGCGUAUUACGUGGUACGAGGGUUAAAAUAUGACUUUUUGUUUUUAAUUUGACAAAGAAAAGAAAAGUAUUCAAAAGACAAAAAAGCGUUCCUAGUUUCAACGUACUGGCAUUGACGUUGCUGUUUCUGAGUGUAGGGUGCACUGUGCGUCACUUUUACUUCGCAGACUCGCCGCACGUGGCCACCGUUCGCUGUACGUAUGGAUCGCUCCCAGGAAUAGUACAAGUUCUAUUAAGGUCAGCAGUGCAGUGCCCACCGUGAUUAUUUUUUUUCGUAUUCACGUGUGCACGGCCCUGGUACCGAAUGCGUACCGAUUAACGGGAAUAGGAGUUACGUGCGAUUAAUCCAAUUUUUUUUUUCCAUCACAAGUUUCAUUUUCUACGUUGAGUGCUCUGCUCAUUUUUUUGAAGGGCGCGGAAAACGAGGACCGAAAAGGAACUAGGGUGAAAUUAAUACAAUAAUUAAAUAUUGUAUUCGAUAAACGGGAAAGAAAGAUUUCUAUCCACUUUCACGGACGUUUAGAUUGUCAUGGAAAGUAAGAAUGGAGAGUCCAUCAAUAUGCAACUGGUCAACACACAGAGUCCAUACAAGGCCAAUAAUCAAUCACCAGAAAAUGGUCCAUUACGAUCGGAUGGCACAGCAUCUCCCACGACCGAUUCAGGCGAAUCGUACGAUCCUCACAAGCAUCGUAACAGACCAAAUCCUACCACAAAUGCAGAGACGUUAAUUCACUUGCUCAAGGGGAGCCUGGGUACGGGUAUACUUGCGAUGCCAAAUGCAUUUAGCAACAGUGGCCUGGUCACUGGUGUCAUUGCAACCAUACUGAUCGGUAUCUUAUGCACCUACUGUCUCCACGUUCUCGUUAAGUCCCAGUAUACACUCUGUAAGCGGUUAAAGGUUCCUAUACUCAGCUAUCCGAUGAGUAUGAAAUACGCAUUGGAGCAAGGACCUCCAUGCAUCAAGUGGUUCGCACCAUAUGCACCGGGCGUGGUCGACGGAUUUCUCAUAGCUUAUCAACUAGGAAUUUGUUGCGUGUACAUUGUUUUCAUAGCGACCAACAUCAAGCAGGUAGCAGACAACUAUAAGUUAGAGGCUAAUAUCCAAAUUCAUAUGCUAAUUCUAUUGAUACCUCUGACGCUCAUAAACUACAUUAGAAAUUUGAAAUUACUGGCACCGUUCUCGACUCUCGCCAAUAUCAUCACGUUCGUCGGACUCGCCAUGAUUUUAUCUUAUGUUUUCGACGACCUACCGCCGUUAAGCGAUAGACAAAUGUUUGGAUCGCUUCGCAACUUUUCACUGUACUUCGGUACCACGUUAUUCGCACUGGAGGCCGUUGGCGUGAUAAUCGCAUUAGAAAAUAACAUGAAAACGCCCCAAAAUUUUGGGGGUUACUGCGGCGUCCUGAACAUCGGUAUGUUUGUGAUUGUCGCUUUGUACAUUCUCGUUGGAUUUUUUGGAUACGUCAAAUACGGCGAUGGGUCUCUCGGUAGCAUCACGCUGAAUCUACCUGCAGGAGAUGUGAUGGCACAGAGCAUUAACAUAAUGUUCGCUAUAGCCAUCUUCAUCACGUAUGCCCUUCAGGGUUACGUACCCGUUGAGAUUAUCUGGAACACGUAUCUGAAUCAUCGAAUCCAGAAGAACAAGUUGCUCUGGGAAUACGUAUGUAGAACCUUGGUCACGCUGCUCACAUUUGUACUCGCUAUUGCAAUUCCACGAUUGGGACUGUUCAUCUCGCUGUUCGGCGCCCUGUGUCUCUCCGCCCUUGGAAUUGCGUUUCCGGCGAUUAUCGAAAUCUGCGUAUUUUGGCCGGACAAGUUUGGUCCCUGCUGGUGGAUCUUUGUCAAAAACAUACUUCUUAUACUUUUUGGAAUUAUCGGUCUUGUGGUAGGCACGUUCGUCAGUAUGGUGGAUAUCAUCAAUUCCUUCAGUGGUCCGUAAAUGGAUCGGUUCUGUUUUCUCGUCUUACCUUCUUUUCUUUUUUCUUUUUUUUUUGUUAUGAACAACUUUUUUCGCAUUCUCCACGUGGUGACACGUCGGAAGAUAGUAAGGGGGGUGAUAAGGGAGGAGGCCAGACAUAUUUUAAAAGAAAAAGGUUGCCUGCAUAGAAAGUAUUAGAAAUAAGAAAAAAUAAUAAUAACAAUAUGCGCUGUAUAAAUAUACAAAAUUUCGGUGCUUUCAAAUACAAAUUUCCUGACGCGCAUACGCAAAUGCCAACAAUAAUUCACGAAUUUUAUUCUUCAUAGAAAACAAUGUGUCUAAUCGAAAGUCGAAAAACGAAGGAGAGAAAGGUGGGACACUGGGUAUAAUAUAAAUUACAUAACCUUUGUGCACAACCAUAUAUACGUAGAUUAUUAGUUAGACAAUUUCGCUCUCGAAUAAUAAAACACUGCCAUAGCUCAUGCCAUGCACCAUUUCAUAUCUCUGGAUAUGAAAUUGAAGUCAAAAACAGCAAAAGGAAAAGGUCGUAGCGCAGAGAAAAACAAGUGACGGAAUUUGGAACUGUCACAGUUACGUAACAGCCGAAAUAUCGGCUUAUUAUUGGAGGGAAAGUAAAGAUAUUAGACAAAUAAUUAUUUAGACAAUAGUAACGGAUAAGUAUGAAAUUAUAGUAAACUUUAGCUAGUCGCAAUUUAUGAAUUAAUAAACUACGCGUCGGAUUUUAAUACACGAUGAAUAUUGAAAAUGACGUGUAGUCUGUUAACGCACAAUUGCAAGAGAUAAUUAUUAUGUAAUAACGAAACCGCAAUAACGUUAAUUAAUAAGUAGCGGAACGAGCUGUUAUGAAAUUGUUCUAGUUUAUCGAAUUGUUGAAUAGUCGUAGAAUACAAAGAACCACAGGGAAAAAAAUAGAAAAAUUAAAAAAAAAAACCAAUCAAGAUAAUCAAAAAAUUCAGUGACGAGAGAUACGCGUAUUAUUAUACACAAUAAAAAAAACAACAACAAUAAAACCGCAUUCCCCGUUGCAUCGUUGUUCUUUGUUUUGAGAAGUUGUACGAUAAUAAGAAAAUUAACGUAAAAGUAACUAUAGCUAAGCAAUAAAGGAAUGAAGUUCAAAUAGGGUGACUCCACCAGUGAAUAAGCCUGUCCCUAAUAAACGACUGGGUUUAUACAAAUUAUAUGUAUAUAUAAUAAUUUUAACAAGGGUGUCUAUUCACGGAAGGCAUUUCUUAAGGUGUUCGUCUAUUGGUGGACUUACCCUAUAUAAUGCAAAUAAACCAUAAAACAGAUGAAGUCGAAAAGAGGGAUUUUAAGUAUUUUCUAUUUCUUUUCUAAGAAAAAAAAAAGGCUUUCCGACGCUUCGCUACACUGUCUUGUAAAUAAUGUAUGGAUAUCGAUGCUGUUAAUAACAAUAGAUCACGAUGCUACUCGUUAAAUUAUUUUAUUAACAUUUAUAACUUAAUGCGAUCAUAGCAAUAUUAUGCGAUUAUGUUCAUUCGCCAUGACAAUGUAUCCUUGCGAUAAACUGUCAAGCCAACAUGUCCAGUUUGCACGGGAAAAUCACAGCGAAUGAAUUAUGGUCGAGUCGCUCUAACGUCUGUAUGUACUCGCUAGGUUAUACUUUCCUCUCUAUCGUUCAGCAAAUACUGUACUGUCGUCUCUCUCUUAACCAUGCUUCUAAAAGCUAGGUGGUAAAAUUUUCCUACGUGCUCGAUCCUGAAACCCGCAGCUACGACUCAUAGAAGUUAGAGGGACUUGACUGUAUAGAAUUUUUGGACAAUAAAUUCUUUCUCGAA